AUGACCGCUGACCGACUGAGGAGGAACGCCCGUCGGCGGGCCACUCUCGAAAACGACCCGCCGACAACGGGCGCUCGGAUCGUGAAGGCCAUCCUCCCCUGCCUCGAGGAAUGGGUAGAUAGGGGAUGGGGCGGACUAUCGUUCCACGCGACGCAGGUGCUCACCGGACACGGAUGUUUCGAGGAGUACCUGUGUCGCAUAGGUAAGGAGCCGACCACUCGUUAUCGCCACUGCGAUGAGGACCGGGACACCGCGCAGCAUACGUUGGAGGCCUGCUCUGCGGGCGAGCGCGGUGUCCUGGUCCGGGAGAUAAAGGAGGAUCUCUCACUGCCGGCUGUCGUGAAGGAGAUAGUCGGCAGGGAGAGUGCUUGGAGGGCCUUCUCCUCCUUCUGCGAUCGGGUGAUGUUGUAG